CCUCAGCCUCAUUGUAAUGGCGGCCAUGUUUAAUUGACUGACGUUGGUGCGUUGGUGGAAGUCAAGUUUUCCGCCAUUUGUGACAGAUCGACAUCCAGUGCAACAGACUGAAGGAUUCUAACGUAUUUCACAACUCAACAUAUUUCAGAGGUGCCAAACUAAGCAGGAAACUAAAGCUUGAAGAUGGCCUCAGCAAAUGACUCCAAGUGGCAGAAAGAUGCGGCUGACCAGAACUUUGAUUAUAUGUUUAAAUUGUUAAUCAUCGGCAACAGUUCUGUUGGUAAAACCUCCUUCCUCUUCCGAUAUGCAGACGACUCCUUCACGUCUGCCUUCGUCAGCACAGUCGGAAUUGACUUCAAAGUCAAGACAGUAUUCAGACAAGACAAGAGGGUCAAAUUACAAAUAUGGGACACAGCAGGUCAGGAGAGAUAUAGAACAAUAACAACCGCUUAUUACCGUGGUGCUAUGGGAUUUAUACUCAUGUAUGAUGUCACCAAUGAAGAGUCCUUUAAUGCAGUACAAGAUUGGUGCACCCAGAUCAAGACAUAUUCCUGGGACAAUGCUCAGGUUGUUUUAGUUGGCAACAAGUGUGACUUGGAGGAUGAACGGGUGGUUUCAACUGAGAGGGGAAAACAGCUAGCAGACCAAUUAGGUUUGGAAUUUUUUGAGACAUCAGCAAAAGAAAACAUCAAUGUGAAAGCUGUAUUCGAGCGACUGGUUGACAUUAUCUGUGACAAGAUGUCGGAGAGCCUCGAUUCUGAUCCCACUCUCGCCAACAGCCAGACGAAGGCUACCAGGCUGACAGAGAACCCAAACCCACAAGGCAGUGGCUGCCAGUGCUGAUCAGCGACACCUACCAACAAAUGGUUGUAUCAAGGGGAAUAACUCAAGUCUCACAUCUGGCUUGUAGUGGUUUUAGACUGCUGAUUGAUGCAUUCAUCUUUCUAUAAAUUCUGUGACUAUUAUGGGAGAUAUUUAAAUCAGAGUGAAAGGACAAGACUGUCCUGGAUUUUGUAUACAAGGAAUGGUUGGAAAUCUAUACCUCCUUUGAGGAUUUAUGCCUGGUUUGGGCAUACUUCAGUUUAAUGCUUUCUAUUCCAUUUUGAACUCAUUGGGAGUAGGGACUUAAUAUUCACAUUUUCCCCUUUGAUACAGUUAUUUGGUAAGCGAACCAACUUGCCCGACAAUUAACAUACUUGGGUCACUCUGUCAUUUAAGACAAGUCCAGCAAUGAGGAAUGAAGAUAUUCACUUGUACUCUUCAGUCCUGUAGAGAAUGUCUGUUGAUCAAUACUUUAAUAUCUGCAAUUCCAUGUAUUUAGACAGCUCAAGUAGGGCAUCUUCUGUUUUCAUUGUUAACAUAGCUGGAUAUGGGACCAAGUAUUCUGACCAGGACUGUCCGAGUGUUUAUUGCUCAUACUUAGUCGUUAGGAAACUAUUGUAUAGACAAAAUGGGAAUUCUUGUGGCAAGUCCAGCUCACACCCACUGUUCAGACAAACAAGUAUUAACAGUGAUGAUGAUGACAUCACUUGUAAUCAGUUUGUCUGUAAGUAGCCAGAGUGGCGGCCAUAUUAGAUUGAUUUAGCGUAGAAUCUCAGGAACGGUCAGCAAGAAAGACGACGUCAGGGAUGUAACAUCAUGCCAAAAUAGCGUGAACGUAACAUUGUUUCAUGCUUUUAUGCUGUUGUAAUCCGUUCAAAUGUUUUUGCAUUACAGCACAUUCUGCUAAUUCCUAUUUAGCUGUAUGUAUAUAAAGCAGGCUCAAAUUUUAGUGUGGCAGGAUGAUCCCGUACCGUUUUUCUUGCCGAUUGUUAUCUAGAAGAGUGUACUGCAAAUAGAAAUCCACAUUUAUAUUAUGACUUUUAUGUGAUUUAUCUACCAGUUUGUUUAUAAUGAAGAUAUUUAUUUCUACUUUGGCAUAUCUGCCAAUAUUUAUAUUUGGUUUGGGUAAUACUUGAAGUUUUGUUAUUUGUUCAUUUUGUUCUACUCUGGAGGAUUCUUAAUAUCAACGUACAAAUGGAAUGACAUUGAAUGAUCUCCUUCUGUCUCAUCUGUCUUUAGUUUCAACAGUCGAGCACAUUCUCAGUCUCUCAUCAACAGUUUGUACAUUCCCUCAGUUCUCGGACAUUCCAUUCCUGGUUUCUGUAAUCUGCGGUGAAAUGGGAUGACUUUCAUUGUAGAAUAUCUUGACAUGUGAUAUUUAUCAGCCACAAUGAUCUGGAGUAUAACUGUAAUAUGCAACAUGAAGGGUUACACAUGUUAACACCUUGUUGUUAUGAAUGGUGAGUUGCCAUGGUAACCAAACCUUGCAUAGUGUUGUGUGUAAGGAUUUCUCAGGUGUAAGAUUUAGCUAGGGACAAUGUUUCAGCAUACAGUAAAUUAAAAAUAUGUUAUCACUCUUCAGAUGAUGUCUGUUCCAAUACAAUUGUCAUGUUUCUGAUACAGAAAUGAUGUUAUGAUAAUUAUGGUGACAGCAGAAACUUCACUUCCCGAAGAGAAUCAUGGUUAACUGGGGAAAAAUUGAGGUUCAUGCUAAUUAUCAUUUCAAUAAUUUCUGUUAAGGUUUCUAAACUGUAAGAGUUUUAUAGCCUGGUUGACAGAGGCGCAAGUAUCACAAUUUACUAAAAUGACAACUCUCUUCUCCCUUUCAUUGCAUUACUAACCAUAACACCCAGUUUCUAAGUCGGUCUUGAUAAAUUUGUGUAUAGUGUAGAAACUUUGUGAGACAUUAACUCUUGUUGUUGUAAAGGUUACUUGAAUAUACAUCUGUUAGAAAUGUUGGAGAGCACAUUGUUGAUAUACCUAGUCAUCAGCAGCAUGCCAUUACCAACUCUGUCACCAUGGCAGCCUACUGUAUCUCAUGGCAACUGUUGCCUUGGUGUGAGAGUAGGCUGUUGUUUCUGAGAGCAUUUUAUCUGUACAUAGCUGUAGCUUAUUGUUGCUGGAUGUGCAGUGUUUCCCACUGCCUGAAUGAGUCUGUCUACCUGUCUGUUUAGUUUACGAGGAGUAGGCAGCGUAGUGAUGACAAUUCCCACAUUUUGCGACAAAGCAGCAACACACUCAUUUGGCCGAAGUUUUAACAGAUCUAUCAAAGGUAUACACAACCAACUUGAAACCACAGAAUCCUUGGAUUCAAAAUGCAGCAAUACUAUUGAACCUUUAAAUCUUAUUAAUACACAUACACUUUUAAGGCUAAUUUCGUUGUGAUGGAGGAAGUAUGCACAUUUUAUCAAAGAAAGAAAAUCUACUACAGUUUUGCUGUUUUGUCACUUUAUGUGGAAUGGUUGUUAAGUGUAAGAUUUGUGUAUUAAACAAUCACUUUGAUGUGCAAUCAUUCUGACUUAAUAUCUCAAGGAGCUUGACAGCCCCCAACAUGUGCAAUCUCCUGCUGUGUUGAGUUAGCUAUGUAUCUCUGCUCAGUGUUAGGUUCUUCUCGGCAUGCAGUACUGGAGUCUAACAGUUGGUUGAUGUACAUGUGGAUUCCCUACAAUCAUAAUACUUGUUUUACCCUUGUAAUAAUAAGCUUUUUGUGAGAGACAAACAUAUAUGCUGUGAUUUUCUUGUUAAUUGUUAAAAUCUGUAGACUUUUAUUUGUCCUCUGUAGUAUCAUGAUGAUUUCUGUACAUGUGUAUGAUACAAGAACCACUCUAGACUUGUCUAGCUCUCCUUCAGUCAUUGCCAGCAAUAAUGCCCUCGAUCUACAGUAGCCACUGCAUGUUGGCAUUGCAGGCUCAUUGCAUCAUGUAUUCAACACCUACAGCGUCACAUCACCCAGUGUUGUCAUAGCGAUUGAACAGUGAACAUCUGAUAUGGAAAAAAUGUGGUUCUGGUUUGUUUCAAUUGGUUUACAGUUCAAGAAUCUAGCUUGAAAAUGUUUUUCACAUGAUUAAUGUUGAAUGUCCAAGACUCGUAAAAAAAAGUUCGAAGAUAUUAAGCAGAUAGAUACCCAGACUUCCAUGUGAACAUAGGAAAGUUUAAACACUUCCACUUACUGGCAUGAAUAACUCAACAUUUUAAGCAUAUUCUCUCAUAUUAUACCUACAUAACCAUCAUGCUUGGCGUUCCUAGGAACACAUGUGAUCCUCUGGGUAUGAUGGGUGAUGUGAUGGCUACACUGGACAGGAUCCUGUGGAGGGGGACCUUGGGGGACUAGUUGACCAGUCACUCCGUGGAUGCCCUCCCCCACAGCAUCACAGUCUUCAUCUUGUAUCAUCUGUUGGUCUCUCUCUGAUGAAGCUAGUCUAGUAACUCCACAGUAGCAACUGUCCACUGUCAGUUAUAGCUGCAAGUACAAAUAAAGUCAUUAACAUCA